AUGCGGCAAAGAAUAACUUUCCUCCAACAGCCUCAAGAUGCAGUUGACCCCCAAUUCAUCAAAAUUUCCCAAGACUCUCUCACCGCGGGACGGGUGAAAGCUGCGAGAGAGGAUCGAGUUACCUUUAGCUUUAGCGAGCUUCCUGAAGAGAUAUAUGGAGUAUUAAAAGCAUCUCAUGAACUUCAUAUUCGAUGGGUCAGUCCAAAUCAAUAUGAUGCAGCUUCACCUCUAUUGUCAAGACUUUCUCCAGGUCUUCACGUGUUUUACAGUCCGCAGCGAAACAGCAAAAGCCCUGAUCUUUUAUGUCCUGCUCUGAAGAAAGUAUUUGGAAAUCUUGAUUGUAUAUCUCCUAAAGAGUCUUUUACCAAAUUGUCUGUGGAACGAUUUGCUUCAAAUGCUGCAACACAAUAUUAUCAACCCCUUGAGAAUCUCACAACGCUCAUUGAAUAUAUACAGCAAAAUGUUUGCGGUAAAUCGGAUAAAGAGUGUCGUUCAAGAGCCGGUCGUCUUGAUUAUGCAUCUUACGUUGAUAUAGAUUUUGACACAAUAUCUCAUGCAUUGAACAUAGUUGCAUUUUGGGAACCUCAAACUUGGGACCUUGAGGUUACAAACACAGCACCGAAUCAUCGUUUAGAGGUCGGUAUACUUUCGGUCGAAACACCUUUGCAACCUGAAGAAAUCUCAUUAGGUGGCUUCUUGACUGUAGUCGGCGAAGAUUCAAAACCGUCUCCUACAUUAUUCGCUUUCCCAGCUAGACACCACACUACAGACACAUUCUUCACUUCUUCCUUCAUGGAACCCUCUGGUCUUCAUCCUACUUUACAACUCAUGCUCAGCUCCAGCGAACCACCUGUUACAGAUCGGGAAUGUUCAUUACAUACACAUCUCACUUUACCCCGUACCGUCUUUCCUGAUAAAUAUCAGUUAUCUGAUCCACUGUUCCUUGCAUCUAAGAACCUAAAAGCUCUUCGUCACGUUACAUCCCCAGUCGACCUAGAAGCUCCAGACUAUGCAAUGAAUAUCUGGGGUUCUACUCUCUUACUUGAACUCGCACCACCUGAGUCCACCCAGUCUUUCACGGCAGAAAUUCCUCUUCAUUUGCGAUAUCUAUCUCCUACCAACAACACCAAUGGAUAUACAUCUAUAGAGACUCCUCAUCCUAUAGUUUUUUGGGCAUGUACAGCAGAUGAAGGUAGCAAAUUCUCGGGUAACCCUUUUGAUAGGGUCAAUCUAGGUUAUGAUGGUCUAUUUGGGCCACAAACUAUGUUCUAUCAUAUCUCGCCAGUAGCCGUACCUGAUGGUAGGCUGACGAAUACAGUUACUGUUCCAGUAUUAGAUUUAAAUAAGAGUAGCUGGGUGGAGAUUGGAACCGCUAGCGUGGUUUCGUUGGGCUUUUUAUGGAUUGUAUGGUGUUUAUUGAGGGUUUGGAGAGGGCAAGGAUAUAAUAAGGUAUCAAAGGGAAAGGUUGCGGAUAUCAAGAAGGCACAAUAA